AUAUUCUGGAGGUGUCUGGUGUGCAGCAGGAAGGUGAGUGGGGUCCGGACCAGAACGGAGCAACUAGCAGACAGCAAAUGUGGUGUGCAACAAGCUAACGCUCAGGGGUGGACUGACAACUCAUGGGGCCCCCGGGCAAUAGGGGAUCAUGGGGCCCCUGUGUCCACGCCCACACACACACCACACCCAAAAAAGCCUAUGAAAGGUACCAGGGGCAUCUCAUGGGGCCCCCUACUGACCCCGGGCCCUCGGGCAGUGCCCAAGUUUCCAAAU